AUGUUCGCAGAGCCGCCCGCUGGGUCUGCGGCCGCUGAUUCUCAAGGGCUCAUGGCUGGUCAGGCAUCGCCUUACCCGGCAGUGCCAACCUCCGCUGCCCACCUGGCAGACCAGGUGGAAAGCGGGGGCGCCCGCCUGGAGGAGACUCUCAUGCGUUUGAACUGCAAAUACCAGACGCUGUUCUUCUGUGCAGCCCUUACGGUUGUUUCUGGAGGAGUUUUAGGCUUUCUCUCAAGCCUGGCCGGCUUUGACCUCGCUGCACUCGUUGUUUCCACAUUCCUGGUGUACGUAGUGCAGCCCAAGCCCUCAUCAUAUUCGGUGUCUUUGGAAACAAACUUUCCCUCCUCUGAUCGCUAA